AUGUCAGAAGCAGGAUUCACACUUAGGUCACGGAAUUCUAACAGUCAUAAACUGAGAGAUACAGCGAGACAACUUAACAUUCUAGACAAAGACGAAGUUACCAAACUAUUAGGAUUGCGCUGGGAAUCAGAGACAGAUAUCAUGACAUACCCAGAAAGACCAAUAGAGACAACCGCAAUUACGACCAUGAGAUACAUACUGCAGAUUUACGAUCCACUUGGUUUUCUAACCCCAAUCACAGUGAAAGUCAAGAUACUACUUCAAGAUAUUUGGAAAGACAAGUUCGAUUGGGACACAAUGCUACCAAGAUCCUACCAACAGAGGUGGUUACAGAUAGCAACAGACUUGAACACAGCAAUGAAAACCCAAUUCCAGAGAUAUUACUUUGCCGAAACAGACGACAAUCAAGAUGCAGCAGACGACACAAAACUUCAUAUAUUCGUCGACGCAAGCACUCAGUCUUACGGUGCAACAGCUUAUAUUUGCAGAAGAAAUCACUCAUCAUUAGUAAUGGCUAAGAACAGAGUCGCACCAUUGAAACCCCUCAUCCUACCAAAACUUGAACUUAUGGCUGCUGUCAUAGGAGCUCGACUUUCCCAACAUCUACGAAAAGCACUAGGAAUAGACAAGAUAUAUUACUGGUCAGAUAGCCAGAUUGUUUUACACUGGUUGAGUAACCCGGAAAAACCCAACCGAUUUAUACGGAGACGAGUUGAAGAAAUAAAAAAUCAGACCGGAACCGGAAGUUGGCGAUAUUGUCCCACACAGAACAAUCCCGCAGAUCUACUUACCCGUGGAAUAUCGGCAAGCCAAUACCAAGACAACAAACUAUGGUUUACAGGUCCGCCUUGGUUAACCGAUGAGAUAAACUGGCCAAAAUGUAAAGUUCGAGACACCACUGUGCUAUCUACAAUACAACCCGAAGAUGACCAGCAAACCCGUAUUUUGCGACAACGAACACCCCAGAUUCCAGAUACGAUUGACGUAAGCCGAUUCAACAAUCUUCAGAAGCUACUUCGAGUUACGGCCUACGUCCGGAGAUUAGGCUACAUCAGAUGUGGAGGUCGUAUACACAAUGCACCCCUUGAUGAAUACACCCGAUUUCCUAUCUUAUUACCAGCGAAACACCCACUUACGCGACUUAUCGUACUUGAUGCACACCAGAAACAGCUGCAUUCGGGUAUCAGUGCAACUAUAUGCCACUUACGACAACGUUACUGGAUACCGACGAUACGACAAUGUGUCAAAUCUCUACUACGGAGAUGUAUAACAUGUCGGAAGAUCAACUCACCACCUUACAGUGCUCCAGACCCACCACCGUUACCAGCUUACAGAGUAGAAAGUUCGCCACCAUUUACUAUCACAGGGGUCGACUACAGUGGUGCGCUGUUUGUGAAGUCAGAAACCGGAUUAGAAUCGAAGGCUUACGUAUGA